AUGUCUCGAAAAUCAAAUGUUGGCAAAAAAACCAACUUGUCUCAAUUUGGACUACUAGAUAUCCCAGAUCUGGAUGAUGGAGAUGAGCCUCUUGAUUUGUCUGAUGAUGAUGUAGAUCUGGAAGCCGAGUUGGCUGCUAUAAGCGGGGGAGGUGGAGGACGGAAGAAGCCAAAGAAACCAGCACCAUUGCCCGUAACUAAUUUAGAUGCAAUGAUUGCUGAGAGUUUAAAAGAUAUUCCAUCUGAUGAGGAUGAGGGAUCAGGGGAUGAUGAUGACCCAGAGUUACUUGGUGAACUAAGAGAAUUGGCUGAUGAAGAUGAGCCGCCUUCUCCUCCGCGUACUUCUCGUCCCGCGCCACCUCCCCCCGGCGGUACAGAUAGCAGCAUGAUUAGUUUACUGCAAGACAGAAUUUCAAAUUACUCUCUUGCCGAGAAAAACGCAAAACAAAGCGGGGAGAGUAGCCGUGCUAGAAGAUUCGGCCGCGGCUUGAAAACCCUAAAUGAUCUACUCAAACAAGCGAAAGCAGGCAAACCUAUCAAAGAGGAAGAUAUUCCUCCGGCUGUAAGUUUGGGCAAGCCAGCCUCCGAGGCGCCAGCGCAGACUCCUCAGGACGAAGCUCCGGCUGCCAGGCCCCCGCCGCAGUCCCCUCCGCCCGCCUUACCAGAGCCUGUCGAGGUUCCCGAGGAAGCUCCGAAAGCUCCGGAGCCCGAAGGUCCGCCGCCCCCACCGCCCAGAGUUGAGUCCCAAGGAAUAAGCCCGGAGAGACAGCAGGGAUUGCAAGUUAUCUUGAAACGCAAGGAAGAGUUCAAAGCGGCGGCGCUCUCUUGUAAACACGCCGGCGACAAGGCCCUAGCACUUGAAUACUUGAAAGUGGUGAAACAGUUUGAUGUAGUAGUGGAGGCCUACAAAUCCGGGCAUGAUAUGGAUCUGAGUGAACUGCCAACGCCGGAGGCUAUUGCUGCCGCCUUUAAGUCGCCGCAAAAAGACGAGCAAGAUAUUCAAAAGUCAACAGAAGCUGCUUCUCCCGAACCAAUACCUGAAUCCACGGGCUUAAUAGCAGCAUCUACUGUAGGUGAAGCUUUGAAGCAAAGACUUGCGGCCUUUAAGGAACAAGAAGCUAAGGCAAAGGAGGAAGGCAACUCGUCGAAAGCGCGUCGUAUGGGUCGCAUCGUGAAGCAAUACGAGCAGGCGGUGAAGCUGCACGCGGCUGGGAAGCCUCUGCAGCUGGACGAGCUGCCAACUCCCGCGGGACACGCCCCCUUCCCUACGGAAAAUACUAGUACGCCGCCGGCCCCCUCCCCACCGCGACCAGCGCCCGCUACACCCCCCUCCGCCUCCGCCCACACAACUGCACCCUCCCCAUCCCCAUCACCCUCCCCCUCCUCUAUCGGCACCCCCAUCGCGUCCCCUUCGCGCUACUCAAAGCAGCUGGCGCUGCUACAGGUGCGACAAAAGCAGUUCAAGGAAGCCGCGCUCAACGCCAAGAAGAAUGGCAACAUCGAUCUAGCCAAAGAAUAUUUACGCGCGGCAAAGGGCUUCGAUUCCGUCAUAGAGGCGGCUCGUGGGGGGCUCCUGGUAGAUCUCAAAUCGCUGCCGUUGCCGCCACAGGACAAGAAGAAAAUUGAACAAACUUUCGACGUAGUGUCCAAGGAGGACUGCGAGCCGGCCGAUAACCUCCCGGAUAUUAAACCGGAGCUAGGUGGUGAUAUUCUGGAGCGGUUGCAGCAGCAGUUGACCGCGCAGUUGAAGCUGUGCCUGGCCAACAGGGACCACUGCAAGGCCAUGGGCCACGUUGCUGACACCAACCGUUUCGAGAACCUCGCCACCAGCGUCAAGCAGGACCUCGACGUCGUCAUGGUAGCUAAGAGCUUAGGUCAAAAUCCGCCGAAGUUCCACUACGAAAAUCGCGAUUUCUCAGUGGUGCAAUGCAAUACGGAUCUUAAUGAAAAGGAUCUAGAGUUGACAAUCGUGCGCGGCAUCGCUUACAAUGUUCCUAACCCUAAAGACGUCGACACCUAUGUGAGAUUCGAGUUCCCUUAUCCACAGGAAGCGCCAGUGAUCGACCGCACGAGCACAGUGAAGGACAGCAACAGUCCGCAGUACGAUGCCGUGUUCACGCUCCCCAUACAGCGAUCUGCCAGACCUUGCCUUCGGGUCUUCAAGAGACACGGGAUCAAGUUCGAAGUCUAUUCAAAAGGCGGCUGGUUCAGCCGGGACGCGCUGCUCGCCACCGCCGCCGUCAAGCUGGCGCCGCUGGAGACGCAGGUCACGCUGCACGACGCGUUCCCGCUGAUGGACGGACGUCGACCGGCCGGUGGUUCGCUGGAAGUAAAACUGCGCGUCCGCAACCCACUGUUGCAGCAACAAGUGGAGCGCUCCUCGCAUCGUUGGCUAGUCAUUGACAGCCAAUGA